AUCAAUAUGUCACAUUUAUGUGGGACAUCAGUUAUAUAUACAUCCAUUCCAUGUAGCGAUGAUAAUCAUCAGUCUUUUGAGUUGCAUUGGCUUCACAAUAGCCAUGAAUACUCUCUGGCCAUCUGAGUGGGCAAUGCUGAAACUAUCAUUUCAAAUAGUCGGUCCAUUUAUUCAUGUUGGUCUGAUUGUGAUCUUUACUAUUCUCUCUUGUAUUCUGAUAAGACAGUGGUACAUCUUAGACCGAUUCCGUUUAAAACUGUUAACUUUAGUAGCAUACAUGGCAAUUCUAGUUGGCCUGUAUGUCAUUCCACUGUUUAUUGAAUCUCCAUGUGUUCGACCAGCAGAUAGUUUGCCUUCCAAACCAAGAUUAUUUGCCCACCGAGGUGCGUCAGGGGUUGCACCUGAGAAUACUUUAGUUGCAUUCCAAUUAGCUGCGAACCAAAGUGUCUAUGGAUUUGAGUCAGAUGUACGAAUAAGUUCUGAUGGAAUUCCAUUUAUUUUACAUGACGAUACGUUACGACGGACAACCAAUAUUGAAGAAGUAUAUCCUGACCGAGUGGAUGAUGAUGCUUCUAUGUUUAAAUUUGCUGAAUUGCGAAAACUCAACGCUGGAAGUUGGUUUUUGGAGGAAGAUCCAAUGGGUGUAGUUGGAUCUCUUACUGACAAAGCAAAGGAAAUCUACAAUAACCAAACCAUUAUGUCUUUGGAAGAAUUGAUUGACUUAGCACACUUGACAGGAAAGAAUGUUUUAAUAGAUAUACGAUCCCCAGUCAAGGAAAAUCGUUAUUAUUAUACAGUUGAGAAGCAAGUUAUUGAUGUGAUAUCGAAAACUGGAAUUCCUCUUAAACAGAUUUGGUGGUUCUCAAAAGUCUAUCAUUCAGCAUAUACCACCAAUUUUACACAAACUGGGACAAGUUAUCUACCAGUUGAAGAUCUCGUAAAAUUGCAUAUCUCUAAUUUCAAUGCUAGGUAUGAUACACUUAGUGAAGAUGAAAUCCUACAAUAUCUUGAAUCCAACAUUACUACUAAUGUCUACUUGGUUAAUACAUACUGGCUGUUUUCCCUGUAUUGGUGUCUGGGUGUACAAUCUGUAACAACAGAUGAAUGUCACGUCCUCAAUAAAAUUGAAAAACCAUUAUGGCAUUUGACUCCAGGAACAUAUCUUAUGACAUGGGUUUCAGUUGAUAUAAUAUCUGCUAUCAUCAUCAUCACCAUACUUAUAGUACAAUGGGUCCGGUUAUUGGGAACACGCUUCAAUCCAGAGACAAUUUCGUUACAUUCUCAACAGACAAUGACUAUCCUUACAGACCAGUAUCAUUCUAAUUCAAGAACUAUGAAAGAAAAACUAUUAUUUACUGCCGACCAACUCGAAGAAGACAUUCUGGAAGCAACAGAAGGUGUUUCUAAUGACCAUAUUGAUUCUCCAACCCAUCAUUACAUGAAUACAGCUGCCGAUACUAUUGUCAUCAGUGUUCCUCAGUAGAUACAAGUUUACUGAAAACAUUGAGACAAUUCAAAAGAUUCAUAGAAUUCCAAACCAAAUUCCAUUUGUUAUACUACUUUCCAGGAAAAUAUGGAAUUUAUAAUUAAAAAAAAAUAUAUAUUUUAUGAAUGACUCUUUGUGAUGGGAUUUUGGCACAUUUAUUUUCCUUUUUUUUUUUAUAUACCAGAAAGCAAUCUUUGGCUCUAUGUUGAUGUGUUUUAUUCUGUGAAUAUUUAAGAUUUUUUUUUUUAAUGGCUUAGUCAAAAGACAAAGAGCAGCGCCCAUGACCUUUUUCAUGGCCUUUAAGAUUGGUCAGAGGAAGUGAGGAUUUUAUCCUCAGAUUAGAGAUCUAGUUUCAAAGCUUGCAACAGAACUGAUUCUGUUAAAGGCACCCAAGGACCAGGUGGGGGUGUUAAACCGGGUGAUGGCAUAAGUUCACCACCCAAUAAAUGCCUUAUGCAUGUUUCAUA